AAUACUUAUUAUGUAUCUAACGUUUAUUUUAAUAUGUACUGUCGUUGUCAAGUGCUACUAAUUAACCGUUUUCCUUUGACGCACACAUUCGAUGUUCGUGAUACAUUGGUAUAUCAACAACAACAACAACAACAACAACAACAACAAAAUCAAUUCGUGAUCGGGCGAUAUAAUAUACAUACACCAUCAUGGCCAGUGCUACCAAAAUCCAAUUGGUGAUGGACAUCAUCGACGGCGCGUUAUACGACAAAUCCAAACCGUGGGACGGGGCAUUUGGACGGGCGGAAGCGCUGACCGGCCUGCCCAGGUUCAAGGUGCUGAUGUGCGUCGUCCUGCUGACUUCGGUGCUGCUCGUGUACGGGGCCAGCGCGGAAGUGGUCAGCAACGCGAUCGGGCUCGUUUACCCGGCGGUAGCGACGAUAUCGCUGAUCGUCUCGCCCCCGAUGUGGCGGAAGUACGACCGCGUGUCCGCCGCCACCGAGGCCCUGAACGAGAAGUUCACUUACUGGAUGACGUUCACGGCGCUCCUGAUCCUGGAGUCGCUCUGCCGGCCGGUCCUGCGGAUCUUACCGCUGUACCAAAUGUGCAGGACGUGGUUUUUCAUCUGGUGUUUCGCGCCCAUCCGGGACAACGGCUCGGCGUACAUAUAUGACGCAAUCAUACGGCCGCGGUUUGAGCUCAGUGUUGAUUCAGACUGAUCGUAUAAUAUAUUAUGGACAGGAGGAAGUAAAUAGGUAGUACAUAGU